AGCAGCAAGUCGACUGCUGGCCGCGUAACAGUAAACACACCCACGAGCGGACGGACGUGCACGGAGCGAAAGAAGGUGGCAGUUCCAUGGAAACGAGCUCCCACCAAAGAGUUAUUGUUUUUUAAGAACACCAGCCAGCACAGCGGCAAUACAAAUAUUGUGUGCCAUUCAAAGAGAACAGCUGAGCCACACGCUGCUUUUCACGCUGUUCCGUUUUUUAUUUACGGCACUUGCUGUUUGCUGUUUGCUGUCCGUAUCCGUCGCUUGUCGUCGUGUUUGAACUCUCUUUUUGUUACUGUGCAUUUAUUGUUGAACUCUCUGUGCUGCACAUACGGCAGGCAAAAGUGUUAGAAUUCGCAGAUCAUCAAGACAUCUGCUGCUGCCCUGUGAUAUCCAGCAUCCAGCACACUCGAAGGCAAAUUGGCAACAAGUUUACCCCCCAGAUCAAAUCGCGCCACAAUGGAAAAAUCCAGCUUAACGGAGAAGAAUCACACCCAAGUGUACAAUGACACGACGAAGCCAAAGAAGCCCAAGCGUCGCGACAAGAGCGAUCUGGGUCCGGAUUUUGUGGCGCCCGACGGCGGAUGGGGCUGGGUGGUCUGUCUGGCAGCCGGUUUGAAUAACUUCUUCCUUUUCCCGGCCCUGCAGCAGUAUGGCCUGAUCUACAAGGCGCGGAUGGGGGCCCUGGGCUUCGAUGACCAGGAAACCACGAUCAUUGUGAACGUGGUGAUGGCCGUCUCCUCGCUAGUGGGCAUUGUCAAUGGCGCCAUGUUCCGGCGGUUCACGUUCCGUCAGGUGGCCUUGACCGGCACCACUCUGGCCUUCCUGGGCGUCUUCAUGUCGUCCUACUGCACCACCUUCUGGCAGUAUAUCUUCUGCCUUUCGGUGGUAUUUGGCACCGGUUUGGGUCUUGCCAUGGCAGCCACCUCGCUGGCGGUCAAUACGUACUUCAAGCUGAAGAGGCGUCGCGCCACGGGCUUCUCGUGGACGAUCACUGGCGCGGGACCCAUAUUCUUUCCGCAGCUGUCCACCCUCCUGCUGGGCUACUAUGGAGCCCAGGGCACCAUUCUGAUCUACUCUGGCAUCGCGAUGAAUGCCAUUCUCUGCGCUCUGACCCUGCAGCCUGUGCUGUGGCAUGUGAAGAAGCCCGAGAAACAAGUUCCAAUCACAAUCGAGGGCAUUUCCGAGACGGAGAAGCUGCAGCCAGAACUGCUGGAGGCCAAUGGCAAUCUGUUAUCUCCCAGCAAUGAUCCGUGGAAGGAUUACGAGUGCAAGUACUGUCAGUAUCAGAAACGCUCCAAGCGAGGCAUCUUCUCGUCCCAAUACCUCUUCAAUGUCGAUGAUCCCGAGCGGCCUGGCUACGAGAUCACCGAGCCGGGCACUCCCAUGUUGGCCCGCGCCAAUGAUGGCUGGUUUGGAUCCAAGCUCUCCCUGACCUCGGAGAGCGUGGGAGGACCUCGCUGUCGCACUCGCCAGGCGCUGAUGCGUCAGGUGUCGUCCAAAAGUCGUGAGAAUCUCGAUAGAAUGGAACAAAAUCGACAUGACCAGGGUCCAGACACUCCAACCGCUGCGCCCUUGUACAAGCCGAACUACUUCAAUCGCGAGCGCGAGGACCUCGAUCGCUAUGCCAGCAAGACGAGCGUGUAUUCCCGGCCUGGUCAGGAUGAGCUGCAGCGCUGCACCUGUGCCGAGGACAAGGUACUGCUGCAAAAGACCGCCGAAUCGCUGCAGGUGGACCUGCUCAACAAUGUGGCCGACGAGAUCGCCGAGGAGGAGGCCAAGCAGCGCAUGACCUUCUUCCAGAAGGUGAGCAAGUUCUUCGAUCUGGACCUUCUGUGCGACUUCACAUUCGUCAACCUGGCCAUUGGCAUGAGCAUCAUGAUGUUUGGCGAGAUGAACUUCUCGGUGCUGACCCCAUUCAUCCUGGGCAGCUUCGGGUACACGGAUACACAGACCUCGCUGGUGAUGUCGCUGCUGGCCUGCAUGGAUGUGACGGUGCGGUUCCUCGCUCCGCUGGCCUUGGAGAAGGUGAAGCUGGAUAACCGUGUGCUGUUCGCCUUCGGUAUCCUCUGCAUCGCCGUGGGCCGCGUGGUGGUGGCCUUCACCAAGUCCUACGAGGUCAUGAUCGGCGUCUUCCUGCUGAUCGGCUUCGGCAAGGCAUUCCGCACCAUCUUCUCACCUCUGAUCAUACCCAGCUACGUCCCGCUGAGCCGCUUGCCAGCUGCAUCUGGUCUGCAGCUCAUCUUCAACACCAUGUUCUCCUUCACCAUGGGCCCCGUUCUUGGUAUCAUAACGAAGGCCUAUGGCUAUGCAGCCACCAUCCACACCAUCAAUGCACUCACUGUAUUGGCUCUACUCCUCUGGCUAACUGAGUCCGUGGUGCGCCGCAUUUUGGGUAAACCCUCCAAAGGAUUGGGUCAAUAGAAGUCGCCUUUAUACCAAGCCGAAUUGAAAGUGCGAUAAUGCGAUAAUGCGACGAGUGGCAGCUCAAAAACCUUCGUCGGAACUGAACUACUUGCGUGUGUCCAUCCCAGUGUGCGAGAUCAUGAUCAUGGCUAACUUGGAGCUGUAGACAUAACCUAGUCCAUACUUCCCGAUCGAUUUGUGUGAAUAGUAUUACUUGAGCGUAAAGAUACCUAAGAAUCAUAUCUCUUAACUAGCUCAUAAUCACCCAUCGCUACCUAAACUUACGGUCCAUUUUUUUUUUAGCUUUUGAUACUCGUACUAGAAUAAUUGAAUGUACUUAGUGAUACGUGAUAAGUGUAAUAAUAUUGUCUUGCAGUUGAUAAAAAUAUAUAUAUGUAUAUGUAUAUUAGUUAGAAAAAAGUAUCGCAAUUGUGCAAAAGUGAACACUUUUUGUUAAGUGGCCAAUUUGAAAUACACCAUGGUUUGAAUAUGUGAGCCAACAUAUUUAUCAAAUGAGAAUUUAAACUA